AUGGGGAGUAGAAUGGUGAGUAGCCCUCCAACAACAACUAUUGACUCUUUAGCAACCAACUCAUGGGUUCCUCCUGCAAGUGACCAACUGAAACUUAAUUGCGAUGGAGCUGUCAAGCAUCACCAACAACAAUCAGUAAUUGGAAUUGUGAUCAGAAAUGAAAGAGGCAUCUUACUAAAUGGAAAAACUAUGCAAAUCCCAACAGUGUCAAGCUUGUAUGCAGAAGCAGUGGUGGUACGAGAAACAACUGUGAUGGUGCAAGUCCUUGGACUGAACAAAACAAUCGUGGAGAGUGGGAAUGCAGACCUCUACAAUGACAAAAUUGGAAAUUCUUUUGCCGAAGAGAUUGCUAGGGACCGGUCAGUUUCUUGCAGAAAAUUGGUCCAACACAGUCAAUUUGUCGGAUUCAAUUGCGCUUCGUCACUUGCUCGGUUGGCCCCCUACUUAUCUGACUCAAGUUCUGAUGAAAACACUUUGCAUAUCCAGAAGAAUGCUAGUGUGGCUGAGCAAUUUUCUGAAUUGAACACACACCAAGUCAUACAAAUUCUCAACGAUUUGAGAAAAGAACCCUCUCUUGCUUUGUCUUUCUUUUCCCAGCUGAAAAAACAUGGGUUUAAACAUGAUGUUGGAACUUACAUGGCAAUCAUUAGGAUAUUAUGUUCUUGGGGCAUGGAUAGGAGGUUGGAUUCUAUAUUGUUUGAGGUUAUUGGGUCAAAAAAUGGGCAUUUGGGUUUUGAUAUUGCAGAUUUGUUUGAAGCAUUGGAAAAGGAACAUCUGGCAGAGGGGCCAAAUUCGUUGGUUAAAGCAUUUGAUGCAUUGGUUAAGUUGCACGUUAGUGCUGGCAUGUUUUAUGAGGCCAUAGAUAUUUUGUUCAGAACGCGUGGAUUUUUGCCGCAUAUAUUGACAUUUAAUUUUCUGAUGAAUCGGUUGGUUGAGCAUGGGAAAGUGGAUAUGGCAGUGUCUAUUUACAAGCAAUUAAAGAGGCUUGGAUUGAGCCCCAAUGUUUAUACUUAUGUCAUUUUGAUUAAGGCAUAUUGCAGGAAGGGUAGUUUGGAAGAAGCUUUUGAAGUGUUUGAAGAGAUGACGAAAGCUGGAGUCGCCCCUAGUGCUUUCACUUAUACUACUUUUAUUGAAGGGCUUUGCUCAUAUGGAAUGACAAUUUUGGGUUAUGAAAUGCUGUUAGAGUGGAGAGGAGAAAACGCCCCCAUUGAUAUGUUUGCUUAUGCCGUUGUGAUUCGUGGGUUUGUCAGGGAGAAGAAACUAAAAGAAGCAAAGGAUGUUUUGCUUGACAUGGAAGAUCAAGGGUUGGUCCCUGAUGCAUAUUGUUAUGGUGCUCUGAUUCAAGGGUAUUGUGAGUCUGGAAGUACAGCUAGAGCUUUGGAUGCUCACCAAGAAAUGGCAGCAAAGGGUAUCAAAACUAAUUGCAUGAUUUUGAGCUCCAUUCUUCAGUGCUUGUGUCAGAUGGGCUUGGCUUCCGAGGCGGUAGAUCAUUUUCAGAAGUUUAAGGACUUGGGGAUUUUUCUUGAUGGAGUCACAUACAAUACUGCUAUUGAUUCGUUCUGCAAACUAGGGAGGAUGGAAGAAGCUGUGAGGUUGCUUGAUGAGAUGAAGGGUCAGAAGAUCGUCCCAGAUGUUGUGCACUAUACCACUUUAAUGAAUGGAUACUGUAACCAAUGGAAACUUCCUGAUGCCCUGAACCUAUUUGAGAAUAUGAAGGAUGAGGGUCUAAAACCUGAUUUUGUUACUUUUAACGUGCUGGCCAGUGGAUUUUCUCGAAAUGGCCUUGCACAAAAGACAAUUAACCUUCUGGAUCAUAUGAUGGCGCAGAGACCUGACCCUAUUACUUACAACAUUAUCAUUGAAGGCUUAUGUAUUAGAGUAACGGUGGAGGAAGCCAAAAUGUUUUUGAGUUGUUUGGAAGUCAGGCGUCUGGAUGAUUAUGCUGCCAAGAUUAAUGGGUAUUCUGAAGCAAAUAGUACAAAAGAGGCUUUUGAACUUUUUGAUAGGCGACAGCAAGGAGUUCUAGUGAGGAAGACGUCUUGCCUAAAACUUCUCAGUAAUCUUUGUAUGGAAGGAGAUAUGGGAAAGGCCCGUCAGGUGUUUGAUUAUAUGAUUCAGAGAGGGUUGACUCCGGAUGUCGUAACCUACACGAGGAUGUUGAAGGGUUAUUGCCAUGUGCGUUGCUUGCAAGAAGCUUGUGGUCUUUUCAGAGAUAUGAAGGCAAGGUGUAUCGAACCUGACGUUAUAUGCUACACUGCUUUGAUUGACAGCCAUUGCAAAUCAGACAAUCUUCAGGAUGCUGAGGGCCUUUUUAAUGAAAUGAUUGAUAGAGGUCUAGAGCCUGAUAUUGUGACAUACACAGUUCUCCUAUGUGGCUAUUUCAGGCAAGGAUAUGUGGAUAGAGCUGUAAUACUUUUCGAUGAGAUGUCAUCUAAGGGUAUAGAGCCAGAUAGCUAUUUCAAGUCAGCUUUACAAUGUGGUAUUUUGAAGGCCAACAAGGUGUAA